GACAGCUGGUUGUGCUGAUCUGGAAGGAAGCGAGAGCAGCCGCCGCUAUCCCGGGGCUCAGGCAGAAACAGAGGGUUCUGACCUUUUACAAACUCUUACAGGGUAAUGACUCCUUCAAUCUCUUGGACUCCCAGAGUUAAUGUUUUGCCAGCAACAAACAAAGAUUGUUUUGAGAAAAAAAUCCAAUCAACUCAGAAAAUAGACAAGAGAAACAUAACGUGGAAUUGAACAGUGACGUUUGUUAUUUUUCUCUUUGCUCUCGUUAACUAUCAAAGUUACAAUUGUCCUACCUCAUUACUUAACGUAAAUAUACUUUACGUAAAAACUGUAUGCAUCGUGGGACAUUAAAUGUGCUGUUAUCUGUCUCGUGUGUGGUUGAUCUGAUCACUGAGGAAGAGGACAGUGUUGUAUAAACCUGCUGCCACCAGUUGUGCUUCAGACUUGAUCAACAAUUGACAAAAGCUAUUCAAAGAUGGCUUCUUAUGGCUACUACAGGGGCAGCAUCUUCACAGCCAUGUUUGUGGGAUACACGCUGUAUUACUUCAAUAGAAAAACCUUCUCAUUUGUGAUGCCCUCUGUUAUGGAGGAAGUGACCUUGGAGAAAGAUGAUUUGGGUCUGAUAACAAGUAGCCAGUCACUAGCCUACGCUAUCAGUAAAUUCAUCAGUGGCGUUCUAUCUGAUCAGAUCAGUGCUCGCCUGCUUUUCUGCUCUGGACUGCUCCUGGUCGGCCUGAUAAAUGUGUUCUUCUCAUGGAGCUCCACAGUCACUGCUUUUACUGUACUCUGGUUCUUUAACGGUUUGGCCCAAGGCUUUGGUUGGCCUCCUUGUGGUAAAAUACUGCGCAAGUGGUUUGAGCCAUCGCAGUUUGGAACAUGGUGGGCUGUUUUGUCGACCAGCAUGAAUUUGGCAGGCAGCCUUGGCCCACUCAUCGCCACAACGAUGGCGCUUAGCUACAGCUGGCGUGUAACCCUCUCACUCUCUGGUUCCAUUGCUAUUGGGUUGGCAUUCGUAUGUCUGAUCUUCAUCGUUAAUGAGCCCAUGGAUGUUGGACUGCCUAACAUUGAACCAAGCCUAAAGAAAGGAAAUAAGAAAGGAUCUACUGGGGAUGAGAGUACUGUGAAAGAACUGCUGCUGACCCCAUACCUGUGGGUCUUGAAUAUUGGGUAUCUGGUGGUGUUUGGAGUGAAGACCUGUUGCACUGACUGGGGGCAACUCUUCCUCAUUCAGGAGAAGGGACAGAGUGCACUCCUUGGGAGUUCAUUCAUGAGUGCCCUGGAGGUUGGUGGUCUGCUGGGCAGUGUGGCGGCUGGAUACUUUUCCGACAAGGCUGUUGCUCGGAGUGGUCUUCGAAGCCAUGGGAAUCCUCGGCAUGGACUCUUGCUCUCCAUGAUGGCAGGAAUGGCCAUAUCAAUGUACCUCUUUAGAGUCACGGUGACUGCAGAGUCUACCAAGGAGACUGAGCUCUGGACACUAAUCUUCUUUCCUGUGACUCAAAUUACCAACUUAACUGAAGACGAGCUGUGGAUUCUCUCCUUGGGAGCUAUUUUUGGCUUCUGUUCUUAUGGGCCAAUUGCACUGUUUGGAGUGAUAGCCAAUGAAUCUGCACCUUCUAACCUCUCGGGGACGUCUCAUGCUAUUGUCGCUUUGAUGGCAAAUGUAGGGGGGUUCCUGGCGGGCUUCCCAUUCAGCUCGAUUGCCAAGUUUUACAGCUGGGACACGGCAUUCUGGGUCGCGGAGCUCACCUGUGCUGUCACCACUGUGGCCUUUUUCCUGCUGAGGAACAUCCGGACCAAGAUGGGCCGCCUUCCCAAGAAGUUAGACUGAAAUUCAGCCACACUCACCCAAUAGAGAGCCUGCUGCUGUUGUCACGUUGCUAAAGGCCUAUGAGAGAGUGUGAUUCUCAACCCCCAUUACUGCGAGUCCGUAUUCGGCAAAUCCCAUCACCAAAUGCUUUUUUCCCAUUUUCCACAUCUAUAUCUCAGACUCUUUGCCCUCUUUGCUGUACAAGGUUCAGCUGUUAACCAAGAGAUUUGUAACGUAUUCGUGCUGUGGGUUGGAUCUGCCCUGGAAAAUUUCUUCUUCAUGUUAAAAGAUGAGAGUGUUCCUCCUUCCUCCAGUUCAGUGGUUUGGUUGGUCAUGUUGGGCUGGCCUGAUCGUUACCACAUUCACUACUAGUGUGCAAACUACCAACUGCUGUAACCUGAGCUCGGAAUCACUGCGGGUGGGAGAGACAGCAACAUAAUGGUGGUGGGGAUGGGGGUGGAUGCAAUUGUCAAGGGUGGGUUUCCAUAGGACCCCAUCACCAGCAUCACUUAAACCCCUUGCUGCCAUCUGUCUCCUUGGAAGAGUUAUCACAUCUAAUGAUGUACAGGAGCAGACGCUUUUUUGCCUUCAUUAGCUAGCUUUUCCUGCCAGAGGCUAUAGCUUGGAGGUGACCCCACCUCAGGCCUGACUAUCCUGGAGAAUCUUCUGUUUUUACUGCCAGCUGUAGGCAUUUUUAGAUUAAUUUCCCAGAAGGGGGGGAAAUAGCAAGCUUUGGAAACGACACACGGCUCUGACUUGUCCAACUGAUGGAACUCCAGAAUAACCAAUGCAUUCAAGCCCCACUUUUCACUAAUUCCUCCCCCCCUCUAAAUCCUCUCAAUUAGCCUGUUUUGCAGCAUUUCCUGUGGUUGUAAAGUCCUGGGGUAAGAAUUGAACCCUGAGCUUCUGGUUCAGAGGCAGGGAUGCUACCACGACACCAUAAGAUUUCCUGUCUAUACUCCUGCUAUUGUUUGAAAAUAUAUCCUCGACUGACUCUAAUAAUCUGUAAUCCCUACCCCAUGCUAGGAAAAGCCUUGGAGUUUGCAGAUCACACAGUAGAAUUACAUCUCCAUAGUUGUUCAGGGUGCCCCUAAUUACUUUAUAACCAAUGGAGUAUAGUCGCCAUUGUAAUGUAGGAUCAGGUGAUCAUAUCCACAUAGUGAUGUGCUUCAUUCGAUAUGUUACACAUCUGUCCAAAUCUUUGACUGUCUCAGUUAAGAUUUGUUGAUAGGUCCCGACGAUAGUAAACUCUGAAUGCGGGAGAUAAAUGUUGUAGUUUGUGGAUCACUACAUGUAAUCUUCAGGAUUGUCCGUGUUGUGUCUUGUAUAUUUCAUUUCUGGUUCUGGUGUCUUCAGCCUGUGUAAUCUGUAAUUCGAACAAGCACUGACAUCAGAUAGUAUAACCACUCUCAGGAAUGUGCAAACAGAAAUUAGUGAAGCUCAGUUGGUGAGCCAUUACCCAUGUGACAUGACAGCAGCUUCCCUUUGGUGAGUUUUUACUUUUGUUGCCAGUCCCAUUCACAAUUUCUUCCCAGUCUGUUCUCCCGUCUGGUCGUUAAAUAGAGCUUAUUAACCACACCUUGUUCUUCCUAACAGUCAACCAUCUUAAAGGACAAAGUAAAAGUUAAUUUCAAUUUAACAGUGAUCCAGUUGAAAGAGUGUGUUUACCUCGGGGUGGUGCUUGGAUAAAGUCUGAUGUGUACUGGAGUGACGAGCUUAGCUCAAAAUUUGUCAUAUUAAUAGUUCCGUGAAAUAUGUGUGGUUGUUUCAAGAACCACCUGACCACACAGGAAGAAUUCAAACACUAGUUAUAACCAUUGCAGACAAAUGGCAUUUCAACAUCCGUGAGAAGUCAUGCAGUGCUGUGCAAUCACAGUCUGUGUCGGCGAAACGUCUUUGGAGUAACUAAGGCUCCAUUCAUGUAACUUUUGUGGUUGGUCCAUUUGGUCCCAUAUGGAACAACCUUUUCCUUUUUGCAAGAUUGUUGGCACACCAUACUCUGUACCGGAGAGAAGCCAGACGUUCUGUCCCACAGCUGCUGUCAAUAGUAUUCUUGUGUUGUACAUCUGGCAAUUGAAAGCAGUGCUAAGUGACUCACCUUCCAAUGCUUUCUCAAUGUAAAGUAGUUGAGCCUCUACUCUGCACCACUUCCAUUGACAAUAUCGAGUCUGAUGGGAGAUUCUGGUCUCAAUACUUGACCUAUCCAGGGUACAAAUGAAUGGCAGUGUUGAGAUACCAGAGUGCAGAGGGGGAUUGUCAAAUCCGUCUUAGUACAAUUGAACAUGAAACAUUGAGAGAAUGGGUGGGUAGAGUAUCGAAUCCUGUUGAGUUACGUAUUGUAGCAAUAACUUUAAAGAGUCAUUUGUACACCUAAAUUUGAAUUUCCACUUUAAUGUAGUUAAUUACAAUUGUAUGCUAAUGAAAUUUUAACUCUUAAAUUAUGCUUGAUUAGGAUUCAAUGUUUUAAUAACUGAAAAUUUAAUUGUGUUUUUAAUGUUUAAUUCAUGUAUUAAACAAAAACAGGAAACUGUAGUCAGUGUCGUAAAGUAAUACCAGCUGCUGCUGCAAGAGGUGAAAACACUGAAACAUAUCCAAAGUCCUUUUACUGUACUGAGAGGAAAGAGGGUGACCGAUUUUUUUUUUUAAAAACAAAACACUUUUAAAAUACUUCUAUGUGAACAGGAAUUAAUAAUUACAUCUUAAACAUACAAGUGAACCAACACAGUAUUUUGAUUGCAGCUUCCAGACUGCAGUAUGUGCUAGUGAAUGUAGUAAUCUGUUCAGUAAAGCCUGUGAGAAGUGUCAGAGCCAACAUCCUUCAGUGAGGCUUGAAUAACAGAGUCUUGCAGCCAAAAGCUGAGCAAAUUUUCCAUCUGUGACUGUUUUGGAGCUCAGACUACAGUAUGAAUGAGGUAUGGUACAAGAUGCUGGAAAUCGCAUUUUCCAAUCACGUUUUGUACUGCCCUUUAGAUAUGGGUGUAUUUAAAAUAACGUGACAGAACAGAUAUUUUCAGAUCAAUCUGUUCAAUGUUAUUAUAACUCUCUAGAGAGGAUGAGAACCCAGGCUUCCUGGUCUGGAGAUAGGGAUACUGCACCACAAGAAUCCCUAGAAACAUGGGUCGCUUCUGCUUAGAAUGGAAGUUGGCUGUCCUCACUGGAGUACAAGAAAAAUAACCCCCACUUUACAGAACUGGACCAACAACUUUGGGCAAUACAGCUUAGUUUGGUAUUGAUUAAUUGAAUGGUUUGAGAAUCACCCUCUGUCACAAUUUAAGAAAAUAUCCCAGUGAUUGUGAUCAGACCAAACGUGUUAGACUUAUAACGAGUGCUGCUCGAACACACCAUUCUCAUUAAUUCAUUCUCCGUAUUGACCAAUUAAGCUGAAGUAUGAGUACAAUAAGUACUUUUUUAUGGAGUAGAAAUCAAUGUGACAAGAUAUUGAAUUUAAACAAGAUAUUAAAAAGCUCAUAAUAAAA